AUGACGGCUCCCGCGGCGGAGAAGCGCGUCGUCCGCGUCGUAGAGAUAUGGGACCCGACCGUGAACGCGUGGACGACCGCGAGCUCGACGUCCGGCGGCCGGACGUCCAAGCUCGAGCGCGCGCUCGCGAUGGCGGAAGCGCGGGGCGACGACGACCGACUGGAGGACGCGGACGCGAUGCUGACGCAGCUCGCGGCCGCGACGCGAGCCGCGAUGGAUCGCGCCGCGGGUCGCCGCGCGCGAGAGGAGGAGGAGGAGGAGGAGGCGAUGCCGACGGUGCCGUACGUCCACGACCGUCACUGCCAGGAAGAGACCGACGACGACGACGACGACGACGACGACGACGACGACGACGACGACGAACGUUCGACGCGCCGUCGCGGAUCGCGGACGACGACGAACGAGCUCGCGCUGACGUUCGCGCGGACGAUGAGCGCGAGAGGCUGGAUCAAAGAGCGCAUGGCCGGCCACGCGGCGGACGGCGGCGGCGGCGACGAGCCGCGGCGGUCGCGCGCCAACGCGGAGUCGUUUUACGUCGCCGCGACGAGCUUCGCGCCGACCCUCCCGGACGCGCACCACGCGCGCGCGAUGACGGCGAUCAAACGCGUCGGGUACGCGCACCCGACGGUCGUCGAGUCGCUGACCGUCGCGUCGGCGUGGUCCCCGCCGAGCAUCGCGGAGGCGAAAGGCGAGUGGCGACGGUGCUGGGUCUGCGUCCACGCGCACGCGGCGGCUUCGCUCGCGCGCGUCCACCUCUGCGUGUCGCGGUGCCUGUCGGGAGAAUUCGACGCGGUCGCGACGACGUUGCGGGGGAUGGGGGUGACGAAGCGGCUGUCGCGCGCGGUGUUCGCGGCCGCGAACUCGCGCGACGCGCGGUUGAGACGCGCGGCGGCGGCGGCGGCGGUGGACGACGAGCGGCCGCCGGCGGGGAAACGCGCGAAGACUUCGGCGGCGUUGACGGAUCCCGCGCCCUACGUCGUCGACGGCGUUUUACCGGACGCGUUAUUGAAACGGCUGCGCGAUGACUGUUUCGGUCCGGCGUCGAAGUUCUGGACGGAUCAUCGGUACCACGACCCGAUGACCGGGUACUUUUCGUAUCAUUACCCGCUGCCGGACGACGCGGCGGCGACGGCGCGGCGCGGCGACGGCGCGAACGAUACCGCCGUCGUCGAAGACGCGAUCGACGUCGUUCGAGCGGCGUUGUCGGGAGCCGACGCCGACAUCGCCGCGAAGCUCGCGACCGCGACGUCCGCGGAGUGGUGGGCGCACUCCCGAUCGCCGCACGAGGGGCACCAGUUGCAUUUCGACGCGGACGAGCGUGCGUUACGCCGCGGCGACGGCGCCGGCGAAGUGUCGCAUCCGAUCGUCAGCGCGAUUCUGUUCCUCGAGUCGCCCGCGGACGCGCGCGUCCAGGGCGCCGGCGGCGGCGGCGGCGGGACCGUCGUCGUCGACCAGCGACUCGGCGACGGCGCGCGCGCGGACGGCGGCAGAGCGUGGGUCGCGGAGCCGACGACGAACCGCGUCGUCGCGUUCGACGGGUCGCUCCUACACGGCGUCCUUCCCUCGUCCGAGCCCGCGGAGGACGCCGCGAGCGACCCGGGACAUCGGCGACUGACGCUGAUGAUCGGAUUCUGGGGGCCGGAGAUGAAGCUCGGGGACGCCGCCGAAGACGAGAGGCAAGGGCCGUGCGUGCGCCCGCCGUGGCGCGCGGCCACGGCGGCGGGCGGAGAGUCGGCGGAGAGGGCCGACGGGAGGUCGUCGCGGUGGUGGGACGCGUUCAAGCGCGCCGAGGGAGAGCGCGGGGCGUGGAGCGACGCCGCGGGGGGGAACGCGCGGUCGUGGUCGCGGCUGCCGUCGGUGUAUCCCGCGUGGGAGCGCGUCGGCGCGGGGGGAGACGACGCCGACGCGGCCGCGCCGCCGCCGCCGCCGCCGCCGGGGUUGCGUUUUUUUCUUCAAACGGACUUCGACUUCGAGAACGCGUACGCGCCGUCGCGCGCGGCGGACGCGAAAGACGACGACGACGACGACGGCACGGUAUCGUAG